UUUAAAUAUUAGGCAUAGAUGUAAUAUUUAACACAGAAUAUUUAUAUGGCCCUCAGGCCAAAAAUCCGCAAGUCAUGCAACCUAAUAUCCUGGGACAGGCUAACCCGCAAACGUCACAGCCCAAUCCAAACAUCCUAGGACAUGCGUCUGGCGAGCUGAUGCCAAAUAACUCUCGAGGUUCCGCCUAGUGAUGCAAUGGUGGCAAUGAUGGCACAAUCCAAUCAAUCUCGCUGCGACUGAAAACUUUGGUUACCAGAGUGUACAGAAAUAAGUCACGCCACAGGGAUAGAUCACCGUCUGGCAGAGACAAGCCACAGAAGCACAACCUCCACUUCGUAGAGAGAGUAGAGCCCCGACUCCUCCGCCGCCGUAGCCGCUAAAAUUGCCUCUAACAAAUGAGGAGAGGUAUGCCAAACUCACAAAAGUUUGGGCAGGGCUGAACACGGAUCUGGCUAAACCCAAAUGCAAGGCCAAUGCGAUCGGCAUGAGAACAAGAAUAUAAAAGAGGUAGUCGAAAUCCUCAAUGCAGACUCAGACCCGUGUGAUAGACGCAAUGACCAAGCGUAUCCGCGUCCUAGUCCUGGCGAUUCAUUGGAAUUGGUCUAACAUGUCCUACUAGGAGCUAAUCUUAGGGGCCGAAGAGAUAAAAAAUCGUCCCAGAUGCUCGGUCCUUUCGGAAUAGGGGCCGUGCAAGCCCCUCAACCUCCUAUCGAAGCCUCCCAGAAAAAAGAAGGCGCCCGCCACGAGAGGCGCGAAGAGGAAAUAGUCCACAAACCGAUAGUGACACUCCUCCCGCUAACCACUUUUCUUCUAAUUCCUCAUCUACACACUACCGCCCCCCCCAAUACCCAACAGCCCUUUUUAGGGCUACCUAUUGCCCAACAACCCUUUUCAGGGCUACCACCGCAAGCACCCUAGGUAAGUGCUAAUCCGGGCGACGGUUGACCGGCCCGAAGAGGGGAGCCAGUGCAGUUUCCAGACUGGUUAAAAAGGGUAAACAUUUACCUAAGGGAACUAAGGCGUCAACUCUUCUCCCCUGACGAUGGCUUGGAUACUGAAAGCGAAAACGACAAUAAUCAAUCAGUCGACCAGCUGACUCCUAGUCGGACGUGGCCUCCUUUUAGUCCGAAGAUUCCGGCAUCCCAGAAUGGUUGAUCCAGGACCCAACUACAACCUCGUGGGCCUCGAGCAGCAGGAAUGACAGCGGAGUUAAAUCCAUCAUCUUCGACCUCGAGAAUUCUAUUUUCGACAUCGACGAUGAUUCUGGUAUGCGCCAGGUGGAGUCACUGAACUUGCCUGGUAUCCUCAACGGUAUCGGUAAAAAACAUGCGAGCAACGAGCAUUGCCCACCCUGGACAUCAGUAGAGCGAGGUUAAAGCCAGGGCCGCUCACGUCCAGGUUUACCAAGAAAGUGGCGAUGAGAGGAAUCCGAUCGAGAUUGGACCAACUCAGAAUCGCCGAAAACAACAAUCUUAUUUCCGCCACCGGAACAACUUUUUCAUAGCAAAUAGGUAUGCGGAUAUCGUAAGACAGAUGCUGGAAGCUGACGUACGAGGUCCUCCGACCAAAUCUGCUUUCCACUAUACGUGAUCCCCAAGGCGAACGGUACCCCAGAGUCAUCGGUGACUUCUCCUAAGUAUCCAAGAACUUCCUGCACUAUCCCUUUCGGUUAAAGUCUAUACCUCUAAUGUCGGGAAACCUAAAAAGAACAAAAUUCGCCUGCAAAAUCGAUAUAAAAUCGGCAUUCUUUUCCAUACCGUUAGGGCAACAGGUCCAGAGAUUCUUUGGGUUCACCAUAAAUGGGACCAGCUACGCCUACAAGGUCUUACCAAUGGGUGCAUCGUUUAUUGUCUGCAAUCCAUCAUCCUAGAUGCGUGCGAAAACAGUCAGAAGGGCCCAUUACAAACGUCUACCUAGAUGACAUUCGAAUCUACGGAGACAAUGAAGGUGAUGUAAAGUGGUCAACCAGAUCACUGAGAUGUACCAUCGAAAAAUGGGGACUAAAAAUAUCGCAGGAAAAGUCUGUCCUUGACCCCACGCCGCGCAUCAUGAACCUUGGGGUUCCCAUUGACCUUGAGGCGAAAACAAUCAGCGCGAACACCGGCACAAGAAGGAGGCUAGAAAAGUGUUAUAAGAUCUUCAGACGGCAUGCCUACCAGCACUUAGAGAGGCGACUACUAGCAGAAGGUCCUAUGGGUAGUCAACCAUUACGCUUACACGAUCACGGGUAUGUCAAGACAUUUCUCCCCCUUCUACGUGACCAUGAAUGGUGGGAUGCUAAUGCUAGCGCUGGUUGUGGAUACGUAUCUUACCUUUCAGAAAGCUGCUACAAUUAUAAAUGCGGAAAGAGCCACUAAUUAGAUACCACGCUAAUAAUCCGGUAUAUACGGACGCAUCUGGAUCACAUAUCGGCAUAUCUUUCUGGGGGAUCGAUGAUUUGUCGGUAUCAUUUUAAGAGGCCUGCCUCCUGUUCAACAUUCCGACCCAUGCGAUCGAACACACCAACGUAAAGGAGGUCCUAGCGGUAGGAAUUGGUGCGAUAAGGCAAUCCACAAGGAUAACCAAGCACCAAUAAUUUCCACCUAUUCCACGGGGGCCUACUAUACAUACAGAAAAGGAGUAUCUAGAUCCCCAGCCAUCGAAACAGUCAUCACUCAAGUGCUACCCAAGUGGGACUAACGAACUUUACGGCCAUAUCCCAAAACAUCCAAUGGAUUCCGACGGAUGAAAAUCCCGCGGACGAGCCAUCAAGGGUAUGGCAAGGGAACACCGAGACUUAUUUACCGUUGUGACGCUACAACGGCCGCUAUUACUACAAGAACAAGAGACCUCUCUAUUAGGUGAAGAAACAGUGCCUUCGAUACGUCAGAUACAAUUAUCACAAGUACCCCUUUGCUAAUCUCCAGUCUAUCACUACUACCACGAAGUCAAUAACAAUAUCGACAAUGACAGCUCGACAAUAACAUACAAUAUCGAGGAUAUUUCGAUCGACUCCGAGGACUUAGAAGGCUAAAA